AUCGCCUGCUGUAUGACUCAAAUGUAUCUCAACUAUGCAUUAUUACCCAAAAUAGGUUAGGACACGUAAGCCGUUCGAUUUAAUUGGCCAUAUGUAGCCGAACAGCCCCACCGCUCAGAAAUUAAAAGCGAAGCGCGCUUUUUUGACAACCUUUCUUCUAUAAUUCUUUCUCUUAUCGAAAAAAAGAUAUUAAAUGGACACUUCAGUAGCAGAUCAGCAGCAACAUCUAUCUUCGAUCCUAUCCACAUUGCCGGCCACAAUCCCUCCCACAAGCCGUAUCAACUUUCUCCGCAAUUGGUGGCAACGAUCGGAUCACACCUCAUCCAUUGCCGAAGCCCGUUUGCUGCAUCGAAUUCCACUUUAUGCCGCGCAACUACCACUUAUCGGUCGGGCAGUUAGAGUUCCUCUGGACGAUCGCUCAGCAGACCUAGGUGAAAAAGGCGCACGGCUUGUUAAUACGCUCCACCUGCGGGCCAGCGAUAAGGAGGAUUUUAAACUCGAUACUCAAGCGGAUAUGAAAACUUUCACGCAAGGCAUACAGAGAGGUGGAACCCAAAACUUGGUCUUAUGUCAUGGUUACGGCGCAGGUUUGGGCUUCUUUUAUAGAAAUUUUCAAGCAUUAGGUCAAAUACCCGAUUCACAGCUUUUUGCCAUUGAUUGGUUGGGUAUGGGCAGAAGCUCAAGACCAAAGUGGACAAUCAAUCCAAAAAGAAACCAAACGUGGGACGAGGUCAUCGAUGAAGUUGAGGAGCACUUUGUUGAAUCAUUAGAGGACUGGCGUAAACGGAUCGGGCUAGAGACCAUGACAUUGAUGGGACAUUCACUUGGUGGUUACUUUGCAACAUGUUACGCUCUCAAAUACCCCAAACGCGUCGAAAAGCUCGUUCUUAUUUCUCCAGCUGGUAUCGCAAAAGCACCUCCAGAACAACAAGAGCCUGCUGCCGACCAGAAUGCGACUCCACAGCAGGUCAUUGACAAAGACGCGGCUGAACUCAAUGCAAAACUGCAAGCUGGUGCAGAAACAUUGGACGAUGCUGCCACCAAAACCGACGAUGACUCUGAUUCGGAGCCGCCGCAACCUCGACGAAAACUUCCUGCUUGGGCCAAGUAUCUGUGGGAUAAAAACGUUACGCCGAUGAGCAUUGUCCGCACCGUUGGUCCUUUCGGUGCAAGCUUGGUCAAUUCUUACACUUCACGAAGAUUCGCACAUUUGGAUACACCUGAACGAUAUGAUCUUUAUGAUUAUAUAUACAAUAUCACUGCAUCUACUGGAUCAGGCGAGUAUGCUUUGGCAGCAGUCUUGAAGCCUGGCGCAUUCGCUCGACGCCCGCUGUUUGACAGAUUGGCCCAGUUGAAGAUGCCUACAGUUUUCGUUUACGGUGAAUGGGAUUGGAUGGAUUAUAAGGCCGCUGAACAGGCAAAAGUGCACAUGAAGGUUCCUGUUAAAAUAUUGCGCGUCAAAUAUGGAGGUCAUCAUAUGUAUUUGGACAACCCAGACCAGUUCAAUGAAAUGAUGACAAAGGAACUAGGACAGUAAAUUCUUCUUUUUUUAUCCAGAUACACACACACACACACCUAGAAUUUCCAAGAGUUGUACAUACCGCAUUCUUAGUAUAUUGCUUUAACUCGUCUUUUGCUUUUGUUCCCCUUAUAUUUACGCGAAUAAGCUUUGUAAACUUUUUUUUCUUCAAUAAAACAUACGUUCGAGCUACCAUACGUCGGAGGAAGGGAUCUCAAAGAAAUGUAACCAUUCCAUCAUUGUGUGGACAGUUCAUCC